AGGACUGCCUCCCUGUAGGUUGUGUGGGGAACCUCCAUUUAUCGCCACCUCUGAGGAAAGACUCUUUGAGAUGAUCAAGAAGGGAGAACUCCACUUUGUCGGACCCGUCUGGGACUCUAUCAGUGAUGCAGCCAAAAAAGUGUUGAGUUGCCUCCUGAAAGUUGAUCCCGCCCAUCGCAUCACAGCCAAUGAGCUGCUGGAUAACCCCUGGAUCACGGGUGACACCAACAGUCUGGCCACACCCACCAACGUGCUGGAGAUGAUGCGUCUGUUCCGGGAUGACCCGGAGGAGGUGGAGAGUGAGGAGGAGAGCGAGGUGGUCAGUGACGUGCUGAACGAGCUCUCUCUCAGCUGCUCCCAGGACAGCCUGACUCUGGAACCCAGGGCAACACUGGAGGACGGGGCAGGAUCAGAGCAUACAGUAACACUGGAACCUAGGGUUAGGCCUGAGAACAGGGCAGGGAUGGAGGGUGUGGCCAGGCUGGAGGACCAGGUAAGGCCGGAGCCCAGGGUGGCCUCAGCAUGCAGGAACAUUGCUGAGCUCAGCUAUGAGGGAGACACAGACAGUAGCAGCAGCAAACCCACCACCCCCACCAAACAGAGACAGAAGAAGAAGGUUGCUGCCUCAUCGUCCAAUGGACUGAAAACCAACAGCUCUGCUGUGAAGGUCUGCAACUCACUCAGUCCCCCCACUUCACAGGUGGCAAACUMUCCAGGCAGUCGAGUGCAAAUCGUCUCAGCCCACAGGACAAGAGCGAGACCCGCCCAACCUCUUCCCCAGUGGGGCCAGCUCCCAAACCAGCGGCCGGUCCAGGGAAGGCAGAGGCCCACAAACCCCCCCACACCCCCUCUGGCUCUAGGCCUGGGAGCCGCUCCCCACGACCACCUCUCUGCAGCAGGCAUAAGAAGAGCUCCUAGGCACCAGCAGCAGAGUCCCCAUCCCCACGGGCGCGGCGUGCCAAAGGAGAGGAACCCAGUCAGAGCUGUACCCUUGGGGGUGGCAGGCCUGCUAGACACAUGACCUGUUGGUAUUCAUCUAUACACUGUGUGGCACACACCAGCCCUGGACUGAAUGAAUAGUCUCUCACACACCCACUGUGAUGUUGUUUAAGAAUGGCCAGUAGACAGAUGCUGAAGAUAGGUUUGUCAGUAGCAUCAGCUUGAAUGCAUUCAGAGGGUAAACCAGCAUGCUGUGGAAUCAGGAGAGCAAAUAAUUGACCUAGCAAUAAUUUCACAGUAAAGCACCUGAUUCCUGUUGUUCAAACUAUCCCUGUUGUGUCCCCACUGACCUAUCUUAGGCUACCUGUCGUUUCUGUUAUUCUUAGUUACAUACUUUGUCUGCAUUUUCCAUAUCAAACUCACCGACAGUCGGAGUCGUUUCAAAAUACACUCAUUAAAAAGUAGAUGGGGAAACUCAAAGGGAGUGUUCAUCUCUCUUAUUUAUUCCGUUGGGCAUAAUUCAUGAUUUAUUAGUGGUACACUGGGUUGUGUAGCUGUUAGUGUUUUCUAUGUACUGUAAAAGUAUACUAUUUCUUUCAGUAUCCUAACGGGCAAAUUUGUUAUGAAAGAUCUUCAAAGUGCUUUGUUUUUCCCCACAAAUGUCAUUAACAUAAAAAUAGUCCAACAUUCAUUAGUAGUCAGUGGCGACCAGGGGCUCAAGCUUGUCUGCUGUUUAUUCUUUUCAUUGAGCUGUUUUUAGGAUGAUUUAAGGAUGAUUGCCAAGCAUUAUGAGAAGAAGCUAAUGUACAGAAACUCCAUUAUUUUGUGUUCAAUAAACAUAAUCAGAAAUGUGA